AUGACCAGGACUAUGUGUACCGAGUGUGGCAGUCCGGUUUGUAUUAUUGAGGCUGCUAGUCCGGAUGAUAGAUGCUUGCAGUAUGGAUUGUUUGCUGGCGAGGUUGAGUUGCCGAAACCGGAGAUUGAGUUCUUUGGUAAGGAUAGAGUUGUGUGGGUUCCAGAGAUGGGCAAGGAUGUAAAGGAGACGGCUUGA